CACGGAGAUGGCUCGUAUGUUUUUCGAACUGUGUUAAUAAGCUACUCUCUCUCAACCAGAAGUGAACUCAAUUAACCCAACUCUCUCCCUCACUCACAAACAAACACAGAGGUCUUUUUCCUGAUCUUCCUCCUCAAAUGCGAAUUGAAGUCUCUUCAUAGAAUUGAAGAAAAUCAGCUGUAAAAAUAUAAGAAGGUAGACAAUAGAAACAGAAAUUUGAAGAGAAAUGGAAAACUCGGACAUAUCGCUGGGAUUGCACGACUUCCUAGAACGGAUGCGCCAUCCAUCCGCCGCCGAUUUUGUCAAAUCCAUUAAAAGCUUUAUCGUCUCCUUUUCAAACCAUGCUCCUGAUCCGGAAAGGGACAGUGCUCUCGUGCAGGAGUUCCUUGCCAACAUGGAAACGGCUUUCAAGGCUCAUCCGCUUUGGGCUGGUUGCUCUGAGGAGGAGCUCGAGAGUGCUGGCGAAGGACUUGAGAAGUAUGUUAUGACAAAGUUAUCUUCCCGUGUAUUUGCUUCAGUUCCAGAUGACGUGGAAGUUGAUAAGCAACUUUCUGAGAAGAUAUCCUUGAUUCAACAGUUCAUUCGACCAGAAAAUUUAGAUAUUAAGCCUGCCUUUCAAAAUGAAACAUCAUGGCUGCUUGCCCAAAAAGAGCUGCAAAAGGUUAACUUAUACAGAGCACCAAGAGACAAGCUUGUGUGUAUCCUCAAUUGUUGCAAAGUCAUAAAUAAUUUACUGUUCAAUGCCUCAAUGGCUUCAAAUGAGAAUCCUCCUGGAGCUGAUGAAUUUCUUCCUGUUUUGAUUUAUGUCACUAUAAAGGCAAAUCCCCCACAACUGCACUCGAAUUUGUUGUAUAUUCAACGGUACAGGUGUCAAUCUCGACUAGUUGGAGAAGCAGCCUAUUUUCUUACGAACAUUCUCUCUGCAGAGUCUUUCAUCUCAAACAUUGAUGCAAAAUCACUUUCAAUGGAGGAAUCUGAAUUUGAAAAAAACAUGGAACUUGCUCGAGACCUUACUGGCCUUUCAACUGAUUUGAAUGGUCUGUCUACUCAAAGUGAUCAAAAUGCAGGAAACAAUUCCAGAGCAGAACUUAUGGAAUCCAAACAUCGAGCUUUGAGCUCUAAGAAGGAAAGGGACUUGUCAAUUGGAUCUAGAUCUUCUGAAGUGACAUCUAUGAGUAAGGAUCUGCAAUAUGCCAAAGAUGAGUCGCCAAUGGAAAAGAUUUCAUCACUCUCAGAUAUAGAGAAUAAAGGAGCAACUUUGCUUUUGAAGGAGGAUCUGACAAGUCAGGUCCUUAGAGAAUACCCAUACUUGUUUGCCAGUGUUGGUGAUCUAACAAUCAAUGAUGUAGAAGGCCUACUAAAUAAUUACAAACAACUUGUCUUCAAGUAUGUUUGUCUUUCUAAAGGGCUGGGUGUUGCUAAUCCAUCUCUUCCUUUGACUAGUUCUCAGACGCAAGUUCAUGGUGAUGUCAAAACUCUGAACUAUGACCAAAAUACCACAGCAGUAGAGGCAAAUAAAGAGUCACGUAAACAUACUGGUAUGACAGAUGGUUUAAAUAUGGUUUCCCUUGUUGACGAAGAGAAUGUUGAAUUGAAGCCCAGGAACCAUCAAGAUAGCACAGCAGGAGAGCCAAAUGACGAGUCACAGACACAUACUAGUAUGACAGAUGGUUCAAAUAUGCUUUCCCUUGUUGGUGAAGAGAUUCUUGUAUCAAAGCCUAAGCAGAACGAGGCAAUGGUGUCUCAGUAUGAGGGAAAGGAUGAGAAUUCUCAAUGAUAGCCACUGGGACAUGCCUCGAGAUGAGGAAAAGCAUGAGAGUUCUUAACAAUAGCUCACGAGGGCAUGUCUACUGUGGGAGUAAAAUGACUCGGUACUACAGUGGCCAUCAGAGCUACAGUUAUAACACUAUCUUAUUUUGAUGUUGCAACGAGUAAGUUAUAACACUAUCAGUCAAUGUGUGGUGAGACCUUUCAGCGAGGAAAUGGAAUUGAUCAUUCCCUCUUUCUUACCUUCAUCAAAUAGCAUUUCCCCGGAGAAAUGGAUUUGAUAGCAGCUCGAUUCUGCAAAGCCUCAACCCAGACCACACACGAAAUUUGUUAAAUACUUGUAGAACAAUUUGAUUAGCCAUGAUAAGGUUGCAUUUGAAAACUGGAUGAUUAUUUUCUUGCCUUCAUUGCCUGUCUAUUUACCUCAAUCAAAAGGCAUGUCUUUGCAGUUCUUUU